AUGGCGACUGCGCAAAUGACUGCCACCGGUCCCCGGUCGGCUAGACUUGCAGAUGAUGCCGCUACUGCUGCAUUGUACGCAGUGCAGCCGCGACGCAAGGCGUCCGUUCGCGAAAAGCCUGCAUCUGAUAUUCAAAAUCAAGGAUUGAAGCGCGCCUCAACCCUGAGCGCCGCAUCGGCUGGCGCUGCGAUUGCCCAUGCGAACCAGAAACCGGUGGAGAUAUGGCGCCCAGGACGACUGACUGAAGCCGAGACAGCCGCCCUAUGUGUGAAGGACUUCAAGGCCCCCGAAAUUCCCAAACCCAGUACUCAAUACAGCGCCGAGGGAUUAGGCGCCGCUAUUCUUGCCGUUCGGGAACAAAGGAAUUCAAACCUGUCGCCGACCAGAGAGGCGCAGCAACAAGAGUACUCUCGUCAUGCUCAGGAUAAGGCGCUCCGGGCUGCCACUGGUGCCUAUGCCACAGGACGGAAGCGAGCUGACUCGGCCCCGAUUGAGCCGGUCAUCACUUCCGACUCUCAAUAUGCCCUUUCUGCUGCGGGUGUGUCGCAUAGAAACCAAAUAGAAGAGGAGGAGCCUCUCGAUCAUUUGGAUGGUGCGAUGGAAGCCAGUCGAAUCCGUCAUCUUGCCAACGCCAACGCUAAGCUCUAUACCUCAGCCCCUCCUAUUUCAAGUGAAGUACAGGAGCGCAAUCGAAAAAACUCCUUGCACGCUGCAGCCAUUUCGAUGGCCAAGGAAAUGUAUGAUCCCAACAGCACGAAAAGUCCGCGAUCGCAAUCGCGAAACACUGCUGGUGGAACCCAAGGAUCCGCGAUCCAACGUGCAAUGACUCUUCAGGAAGCGGCUCAGAAAAGGGCGGCCGAAAAGCUGGCCCUGAUGCACAAUGAGCAGGCCGAGUUCCAGAACUACUACGGCACCACUCCUCAACCACCGCGAUCUCGUUUGACUGUUCGUCGAAAGAGGACUUCCAGUGAUGCAGAUGCGACCCAAACGGAUGCUGAGCAGUCCCGAUACAUCCGUAACCAAAUGAGAAGUCUGCGAACCAAGGUGAAUGAUGUUGACGAGAAGAGAACGAGGGACCGUGCGUUGCUUAUGGAAGCCGCACAACGCAACGUUGAUGCGACUAUCCUAGGGAUGGAAAGGAAGAUGUACGCCGACACAGGCCGCGCGCCACCGUCUCUUCAGAAGGAAUGGGACGAGGCAGCCCGUGAGCGUGUCCGCCGAGAAGCAGAAGUCACCGAGACGAACACCAGUGCUCGUGGAGACCGCGUCGCCAUCGGGUCGCAACAAUACAUGGACAUGGCUGAUGUUGAAGCCGUCGCCCGUUCCCGUCUGCAACCGACAUUCGACGAGAUAACCGAGAAUGCAGAGCAAAAGAGGGCCCAAGAGCUAGAGGCACGCCUUGAUGCCGAUGAGCAAGAAAGACACGCCGCAAUAGAAAGGGAGCGCGAGGCUAGCAUGACUAGAGCGACAGACUCGCGUACCAAAGGGUCUGACAAAGAGAAACGCAACAGCAGAGUAAUGGGUUUCCUCUGGAGAGUGAAGAGUAAACGAGCACGGUUUGAAAAGAGUCCAUCUGAGGAGGCUGUCGCCCAGAAAGUCGCAAAUGAGGAAGCAUCAAACGAAGAACCAGAAGCUCAGGAAGAAGCCACGCAAGAUGCCACCACUGCGGCCGCUGCUGUCCUACCAGGAGAAUCUAAUGAAGAACCCAAAGCAGAGCUGGAGCAAGAGCAAGAACCCGAACAAGACCUGGGGCAAGAAGCUGAGCAGGAAGCUGAGCAGAAAACUGAGCAGAAAACUGAGGAGGAAGCUGAGCAGAAAACUGAGCAGGAAGCCGAGCAGGAAGCUGAGAAGGAAGCUGAGCAAGAAGCUGAGCAAGAAGCCGCCUUAGUCCAAGCCCCCGACGCGCCUGAAACAGCCGGUGCGGCAAGUUUGGCUACUGCCGCCCAUGUUGGUGCCCCAGUCUCCACCGAACCGACCGAGUAUGGCGGACCCGCCAUGUUGGAUCGACCCCACACUGCGCCGCGAGAUGCUGCUGCGGUUGGAGCUGGUUCAGCACCGAUGCACGACAUCCGCCCGAUCACGAGCCCUCGGGCCGAUUCAAAGCUGAGGCACUGGUUCCGUGAUCAAUUGGUCCGUCGCUCGAGUGGACCUGUGCGUGUCUACCCUCACCAGCCUGGUCCGGAAUUCAAUAGCGGAAGUGAAAUUGGAUUCACUGGAGGUGCUGCCCUGACGAGACCCGAUUCUGCUCGCGGAGCGGCUCUUGGUUCUCACCCUGUCACCGGAGAUGAUCUUGAUCAGGGUGAAUCUGCUCGUAAUGGUAGUCUUGACGUGGGCCAGACAAGGUUCAGUAAUAGUUCAGCUGGAAGUAUCGAGCCUGAAACGAAAGUUACGAAGAGCAAGAGAGAACGUCUCCGAAAGACCUUCAGAAAGAGUGUUUCGCGCACUGAUGAAUCUAAGGCUAAUGGCUCCGGAACGGUUCCUGAGACAAAAGUCCAGGGCACAGACAUCCGAGGCUUGAGAGACAGUGCUAAUGACCAGGGUCUUCCCAUUCCUCCUGUCCUUGGUGAGGCUGCUAGCACUGGUCGGGAGUCCAGAUUCUCCGAAGACCUGUCAUGA